CAAGGGGUGACUAAAACAACUUCCUUUCUCCUAUCAGCUGAUCGCGUCACACCUGUCAACAUUUGCACACACUGUCCCUUUUUCCCUUCCCUCACUCAUCGAUCCUUGGCAACACUCCAAUAUACCUUCCUUCAUAGCUAAAACUACCGUGUGUCACAUAUAAUCCUCCUUGUGCAGUGUUCUCGUCCUUAUAAUGGGAAAACAUUUGAACUCCACCAAAAAAACGUAUUUGCUAUGAUGUUAUGUGUUUGUGGCAGUUUGUCCAUAUCUUCAUCAGCCUCUUCACUCCCUCGUGCUGCUACUGUCCAAACUCUGCCUUUUGAAAUACUACCCAUGGAACACAACAAACUAUACCAGUGAAGCAGAGAAGCAGACACAAGCAAUGGCUGCAACACUCGAGCAACACACACCACCAACCAACACAGUGAAGGAGGAGGAGGAGCAGCAACACUCACCAACGAUCAUAGUGAAAGAGGAGGAGGAGGAGGAGGAGGAGGAGGAAAGGAGCUAUGAUUGCCCAGAUUGUUUUGAGAACCUGCCAAACAAGAGCCUGUACAUUCAACACACCCUGAGUCACGUUGGUGUUGCAAUUCACAGAUGUGGGGUGUGCAAUAAACUCUUCAGCCACGCUACCCACCUCGCCAGACAUUCCCUGGUUCACAAGAGGAGGAAGCAUGAGUGUAAGGUGUGUGGGAGGGUGUUUAGCCAGCGUGGGAACAUGCUGCAACACCUAAACACGCAUGAUAAGGUGAAGAAAUAUAAGUGUGAUGAAUGUGGGAAGCUCUUCACGUAUAAAUACUCGCUAACCGAACAUUUGCGUAGACAUUUAGGCGUGAUGGAGUACAGAUGUGAGGUUUGUGGUAAAGAGUUCGUGCAUAAGGCUAACUACAUGCAGCACCUCAAUCUACACUCCAAUAUCAAUAAGUAUGUGUGUGAGGAGUGUGGCAAGGAAUUCUGCUACAAAUCAAGCUACAACCAGCACCUUAACAUUCACACACAAGCCAAGAGGUUCCGCUGUGAGGAGUGCGGGAAGGAGUUCAACUUUAAGAGCAAUCUCAAGCAGCACAUGAACACACACGCCACCAUCCGAACAUCUGAGAAGUGCGAAGAGUGCGGGAAACACUUCUCAAACAAGAGCAACUUAAAACAACACUACAAGAAGCACUUAGGCGUUAAAAGAUUCAAGUGCGAUGUGUGUGAGGAACAGUUUACCCUAGAGAGCAGCCUUAUCAAACACAUGGCAGAGAGACACCCAGAUAUUGAAAUGUACAAAUGCAAUGACUGUGGCAAACCGUUUCUCCGCAAGUACGACCUGGUAAGACAUGCAGCCGUUCACAGCAACCUCAAGCCUUAUAAGUGUGAAGUGUGUGGCAAAGCUUUCAUCCAUAAAAACACUUGGAAAAGGCAUGCAGAUGUACACACUGGCCUGAGAGAGUUCAAGUGUGAGGAAUGUGGCAAGAUGUUUAGUCAGAAAGGAGUGCUGGGAAUACAUUUAAAGACUGUGCAUGCUGGGACGAAGAAUUUUGAGUGUCAGGAGUGUGGAAGGAGGCUCUCGCAGAAGUCGCAUCUAAGACGACACUUGUUGAAGGUCCACGGGAAGAAGUCAUGAGGGUUUGUGGAGAGAAAAAGGUGGAGAAAAGGAAAAAGAAAAGAAGAAAUGUUGAUGGUAAAAGUGUAUAGGAAAAAUUUAUGAGAGUUUGUGUAGAGUAACUUAAUGAAGGAAAAAGUGCAUAGGAAGAAUUUAUGAGAAUUUGCAGAGAGAAAAGUAGAAAAAUUAUGUUACAAGUGUAUGGAAAGAAUGUUUAAGAAAAGUAAAAAUGGAGGAAGAAAAAUGAAAAAAUUAGGUUUUAUAUUAAUUAACUGGAUGAAAGAAAUAAAAAAGAACUAAAUGAAAUGUAUAUAGGAAGAAAUUUUGUGAGUUUGUGGAGGAAGGUUUAAGAAAAAGUUAAAGAAAAAUGUGAAAACAGCAUAGAAGGAAGCCGUGAUAGUUUGUGCCAGGAAAAUUUGAGAAAAGUAGGAAAAUAAGAAAUGCUGGUGUAUGUGGAGGGAAAAGUUUGAGAGAAGUAGAAAUGAAAGAAGAAAAGGUGGUGUUAAUUGUGUAUAUGAAGAAAAAAAAAAAAAAAGGAAAAUGCUUAUAAUACAGACAAGAAACACUAGUCAAAGAUGUACACUAAGAACAUAUGAAGGUAAUGUAUAGAAAAAUAUAUAUACAACUGAGUUUUUUUACAAUUCAGAGGACAAGCCAAAGAAAAGAAAAAUAUAUAUAAUUCCAGAUCCUAAAAAUAUUGUAAAUAAAAAAGAAUAAAAGAGAACCAGCCAUUUUAUCUUAUUGUGUAUUGUGAUAAUUGAUAAUGUUGUCUUGAAAUAAUUUGUCAAACUUAAACCAGAGAGAGAGAGAGAGAGAGAACUAAUAGAGAUUUUGGUGUGUAAGAAAGAGUUUAUAGUAGUGUAGGAGGUGAAAGAAGGAAGGUGAACUAGUAAACUUGUAUUAGUGAGGUGGACAGAAUAGUGUUAGCAGUUAGUCAGAUUGAAGUUAGUUAGACACAAAGGUUUGGAUGGGAAAUGUUUAUGGGUUUAGUUGAAGUGUGAUUGUUUUUUAUAUAUUUAUUUAGUCUAAUUAUGUUCCAGAAACUUAAUUUAUGUUUUGAAAAUGAUUAAUGUUAAGAGUUAAUUGGACAAAAAAAAUGACCAGAUUUAUUUAUUUAUGUUAUUUAUGCACCAUUAGUCAAACUCUUACUAAAUAAAUGAAAAAAAAAAAAAAAA